AUGUCAAGCAUUAUCUCCUCUCGUCUUCCUCCGGAAAUACUUCAAGAUAUAUUCAAAUAUAAUGUUGAGAUCAAAAAUCGUCACGCACGUUACAAGAAUCUAGCAACAUCAUGCCUUUUAGUAAACCGUUAUUGGAGCAUGAAUGCUAUUUCACUCAUGUGGGAAGAACCUUUAAACAUUUGCGCAGGAAAAGAAAAGUCAUUAGAAAAGAUCCUCAAAGUAUACGUUUCAAAUCUACCAAAAGUAUCCAAAUCGUUAUUAAAAAAUUUAGAAUGUCAGUUUGAAAUUACUUUAAAACAACCUACGUUCAACUAUGCAUCCUUUUUGCAAAAGCUCGAAUUACAAAGCCUUUAUGAUACCAUUAAUCGAUUUAUACUUCAUAAAGCGUUUUACUCUAUUUGUAAAUACGAAAAAACAGCCAAACAACGCAUUGACAAAAAAGAAGUAGAUGAAUUAAAAGAUAUUAUAAAAUACAAAUCAUUAAGUAAUCUUGAUGAAUUUGAUUUGUGCCAACCUACGGUGAAUAAUUUGCAUAUUUCAAGCAUACUUCAAAACACAAAUAAUAAUCUUAAAGUGUUAAAAUUAAAUUGGAUGAAAUCGGUUGAUCCAGAAAAUGAAGAAUUAUUAUUUAAGUCGAUUACGGAGAAUUGUAUAAUGUUGAAGGAAUUAGUAAUUUCUUUAACUACAUCUACAACAAAGUAUUUUCCAACAUGUAUUCGUACACUUACUCAUCUUCAAAGUUUGAGAGUGGAAAGAUAUGAAGAUGAUCAAUCAUUCGAGGAAGAUAUGUGUAUUUGGGCGGAAGCACUUGGUAAAAACAUUUCUUUAUCCAUAAAAAUACUUUCAUUGGAUAAAAAUUUAAAUCUGAACACGGAAGCAUUUGAAAAAUUUCUUUGUCAAUGUUAUAAUAGAGGUAUAAAAAAUUUGUGUUUGAUGGUAGAUAUACUGAAAUUUAUCCGCAGGGAUGAACAAAUUAAAAUAACAUUAUGGAAUUAUAUUCAAACAGGAACAUUGAGUCCAGAAACAAUUUCAUGUUAG